CAGAGUUUAGAACGCACACAUUCAACAAGCGACAGCAACAGAAGGACAUUUACACACUACUGGACUAGACUGGAUUACAAAACUUAAUAACAACACCUUUCUGGUGCCAUUCUAUCCGCUUUGACACACACUGACGCACUAAAUAGUGGUUGCCAAUGUAACUAAGUCAGUUUAAAAGUAUCAGUUCAUUUCUCUUUACAUUUUUUAUCGCGUUUCACGUCGUCAUAAUUUAUUUCGCUAAUCAUAUGUGACAUUUUACGAGACAUACAGUAUUGCUGGUACCAUGGCUGAAGCAGCCCAGAACCAGAUGGUCGAGAUCGACCCGGACUUCGAGCCGCUAUCCAGACCCCGCUCGUGCACUUGGCCGCUGCCGCGACCGGAGUUCCCCAACCCAGCAGCCGCCGACUCCAACACAUCGUCCCCGGCUCCGUCCGUCAAGCAGGAGCCGUCCAGCAACACGGACUUUAUCAACAACCUCAGUCUGCUGGAAGAGAAUGAGGACUAUCCCGAUCAGAAACCGCUCAUGUGCGGAGAUUUCCAGUGCCAAGAGGGUUGCGUCCACCAGCAGCAGCACCAGCAGCAGAUCCCGAGUCACCAGCAACAGGUGCCCGUGCUCUCCUCUCCAGUGGCCGCUGCCGCAGCCGCCGCCGCCGCCGCCGCGCAGCGCAAGAGCAGCUCGUCCCGACGCAACGCCUGGGGGAAUAUGUCAUACGCGGACCUGAUCACCAAAGCCAUCGAGAGCUCCCCCGAAAAGCGGCUCACUUUGUCUCAGAUCUACGACUGGAUGGUGAAAAACGUCCCUUAUUUUAAGGACAAGGGGGACAGUAACAGCUCUGCUGGUUGGAAGAACUCGAUCAGACACAACCUGUCCCUGCACAGUAGGUUUAUCCGUGUGCAGAAUGAGGGCACAGGCAAGAGCUCUUGGUGGAUGCUCAACCCUGAAGGAGGAAAGAGCGGCAAGUCUCCUCGACGCCGAGCCGCCUCCAUGGACAACAACAGCAAGUUUUCCAAGAGCAGAGGACGAGCAGCAAAGAAAAAGCUGGCUCUUCAGGGUGGGCCUGAGGGGGGUGCAGACAGCCCUGGCUCUCAUUAUGGCAAGUGGCCUGGCAGUCCGAACUCCCACAGCAACGACGACUUUGACGCUUGGACGGCUUUCCGUCCUCGCACCAGCUCCAAUGCCAGCACUCUGAGUGGGCGUCUCUCGCCCUUCAUUGAUGAUGAACUCGGCGAUUCUGAUGUCCACAUGGUCUACCCAGGCCCUGGUACAGGGUCCAAAAUGACCUCCACCCUCCCUAGCCUGUCCGAAAUGGCUGGUUCUCUGGGCCACAACGGCUCUGAGAAUGUCAUGGAGAACCUUCUGGAUAACCUCAACUUGCUCUCACCUAAGAACCCAUCAGUGGGGUCGGCAGGAGGGCCUGGGUCAGGAUCCAACCAGUCCUCGCCCUCCUCACUCAUGCAGGCCAGCCCUGGUUACUCCCCCUACAGCUCCCCAGGUUUAGCUGCGGUCAACCAGCAAACCCAACAAGACUAUCGUAAGUGUCUCUAUGGCCAGGCAGGAAUGAGCAGCAUGUCCUCAAUGCCAAUGCAGCCUCUGCCAGAAACCAAGCCUGGCUUUGGUCCGGGUCCAGGAUCCAUGAGCCAGUUUAACUGCACAGCAGGGCUUUUGAAGGAGCUUCUGACAUCUGACGGGGAGCCUGGAGAGCUCAUGCCCUCGGUGGAAACUGUUGUCUCCCAGUCAAGUGGAGGUGGUGGAUGUAUGCUGCCCCCUUACAGCAGUGCACGGAAUGAACUUAUGGGAGGUGGGGUAUCUCACAACCACGCCCUCUCCCAUCCCCACAACAUGCACGGACAAGCCCCACCCACAUCAUUGGCAAUGAACGGGCGAACGCUGCAUCACUUGACUAGCAUUGGCCACAGCGGCGCUGCAGGACGCCUGGGAAGCAUCAAAUCAGCCAUGCAGAUGCAGUAUAGAGGCUCUGCCCAUCUUGGGGGUGGGCUCCCACCUUACUGCAGUGUCAACAGCAAUGGAUAUGGCCGCAGCCCAGGGCUGAUGCCCCAUCAGCAGCAGCAACACCUGGAGAAGCUGCCCAGUGAUCUCGAUGGGAUGCCCGUGGAGCGUUUCGAAUGCGAUGUGGAGUCCAUCUUGCACGACACGCUCAUGGAUGGAGAGUCGCUUGACUUCAACUUUGACCCCAUGGCCACUCAACAGAGUUUCGCACCUCACAGUGUAAAGACCACCACGCACAGCUGGGUGUCUGGGUAAAAACUCUCCAUUUCAACUAAAGAACAGCAACACUGAGUGGCUGUAUACACCCAUCCUAACCUCUCAUGAACCCCUGUCAAGGAUGCAGCCUCCAUUAUUACUUCUUCUUUAGCAGAGGUGGUGCGAUACGACCUCACACUGCCAAGCAAAUGGGCUCAAUAUGGAGCUAAUUUUCAAGGACACUUUUUCUCAGACAUUGGGACUUAAAUUCAAACCAAGUGCCAAACCAGGUGCCUGUGAGCCAUAGCCAAAUUUACAAGCUUUAUUUUGUUGCCUUUUUCUCUCUGUAGAGAACCAGUGGUCAAAUCAGGACGGCUACAACCUGAGGCCCUUACAUCUGCUGCAACACACAAAUAAACCAUUGUCCACACAAUUUUCUGUAAUGUUUUUACAGCCACAUCCAAUAUGGGCAAACUGUGAUAAAGUAGAACCACCAAAUCCAACACCAGGCACCACACAUGCACAUACGAUACACCUUGAAACAGUGAUAUGCAUGGUAAUAGCUCUCUUUCAAAUGUCGUGUUGUCAGUUCAAUGUGCUACCCUGCAAUUUGCAUUGAGGGUUAUAAUGCAUUCAUGCUGUGCUUCAUGGAGACUCCAUGACUGGCCUUAUCGGGAAGAUCUGGAACAGUUGUAGAUGAAAGCCGGGAACGACUGUAAAUAGAUUUAUUUAGAAAAGGUCUUGCACAAACAGGACCUCGAAAAAGUUAGGGAAAUUUUCGCAGACUAGUUGAACUAUGUCGCACUCAGCACAUCGUAACACUUUCGUUUCUGUCACGUCGGUGUAUUUGACAUCGAGCAGAUGUACUACAUUUAUAAAGAGCGUGUUACUUUUAAUUGGUGUACAUAGAGUUUACACAAUGAUAUUAACAAUCAGGGCAACAAAUUUAAUGUUGUUUUGUACAUUUGAAAGAAACUGGAUUUGACAUUUUACAUAUUGGUGGUCUUACAUGAAAGGGUGUUUCUCAUCUGAAUUGUAUACAUCUUUCCACGUCUUUUUUCAAAGGCAUAUAAAGUAGAAAUAUUGAGGGUUUCCUUUUAUUUUGUAUUAUCAGAAUUGUCGUUAUUGCUGUUUAUUCCUGGCUUCAGUUUGAUAAUAAGCUGUGUAUAAUGCAUUUCAGCAGAGGGCCCUCAAGGGACAAAAUAUUUCACUAGUUUAUUUUUACUUUGAAAAAGUGCAUUGUGAGCUAAAUUUCAAACCUUGAAAUUUUGAAAAAUUGUUGAAUUUGCUUUUAAAGGGAUAGUACACCAAAAAAUUAAUUCUGUCACCAUGUACUCUCCUCUAUGUUGUUCCAAACCUGUAUUACUUUAUUUCUGUUGAACUCAAAAAUAGAUAAUAGCAGAACACAACAAUCAAUAACAAUCGCUUUCAUUGUAUGUAAAAAAAAAACAUGCAGUGAAAGUGAAUGGUGACUGAGACUCCUAUUCUGCCAAACAGUGUUCCAUGGAAAAAAAGAAUGUCAUAUGCGUUUGGAACAACAUGAGGGUGAGUAAAUGAUGACAGAAUUUUUAAUUUGGGUGAACUAUCCCUUUAAGUAUUGCUCACAGGGUCCCUAAUGCCUCAGGGCCUUGUGGCAGUGGCUGAUAUUGUAGUUUAGACUACAGCGCAAGGAGACUCUCUUGCAUUCGCCACCAUAUUGAAUCUGUUCCUGUAGUUAUUCUACAGUCCUCUGCCUUUAAGAAAGUGUAGAGAGUUUUUGACUUAUUAUUUAUUAGGCUGAAGAAGUGAUGUGAUUGAAUCAUAUCACAGUGUAUCAUUUACACUUUUAUCAUAUUUGUAUUUUAUUUCUCUUCUCUCGCAAAUUUCAGGCACUGUGAUGUAUACGUACUAGUUUUGAGAUGAUUUUCCAAGUUUGUUCUGCCUCAAAAACAUCUCUUGGACUCACAGUAUACCCAUAUUUCUCUCUCUUUCUUGACCUUUGUUUUUUUAUUUGCACAUGGAUAUCUCCCUCCCUUUACUGCAGAUUUCAACAGAUUUGGUUAUUUUGCACCUAUAUGCAGACAUUUAAACGUUGCAAACUGGCAAGUGAAAAUUGAAUCAGGGUGCAAGUAUCAUUGAUAAUUCAUGGAAGAAUUGAAAUGAUUCAAAAUGAUUUCUUGAGUAGUGUUAUAAAACAGACGUUGAAGACAUUUUUACGCUUUGUAGAUUUAAACGUGAGGUGCUGACUAUUUGCAAAUUUUUUAUGAUGAUUUAUGUUAAUAAAGAGAAGUUUGCUAUAAUUUGGGGACACUAACAAUGUGUCCUAACUAGGCGUAUCAUGAUAAAACCUCACUUCCAUGUAAAUCUGAGGUUUUUUUUUACAGAUAACUUCUAAACUUUUAAAGAUAAACCUACCGUGAGCUUCGAGGUUGUUAAUCGAUGUAUAUGCUUCUUAUGUUCUUUCUGAUUGGCGGUGAUUCUGUGGCAUCAUGCAGAAUUUUCACCAUCAGUGUGGAAUAAUUACUUGUUGAAAAGUUGUCCCGCCUGGUUAGGACAUGGUGUUAGUCAGUCUUAGAAAGAUUGCCAGACAUCUGUUAAAUUCACAUACAACGUACAUCUCACGUCAUUAAAUUAAUAUCAAUUAUACCUCUGGCCCACACUGCCUCAGUCAACACAGGGAGAAGACCAUAUAUGUUUUACAAAAAUGACUGCGUCCACCUUGAUUAUCCAUAAUGCACAAAACCUGACAUGCAUUUGCUUUGUGAAUUUAGCAGGUGGCCCCACCUAUGCACAUAUGUGUACUUUGAUGAUAAGUAUUCUACCGAUUUUUAGAUAUUUGAUAUUUCAUGUUUUAUAGAGCUGUGGAGUUGAGUUAAUGUCGCUUGCUAGUUCAUAGUUCUGACGAAUAUGAAGUAUAUUUAGAGAGUAGAAGAUAAUUGACAUGCAAAACUUUUUAUACACUGACUGUUAUCCUUGUAUUUAGCAGCAGUUUGUAGGAAAAAAAUAUGUAUAAUUGAAAACAAAUUUGGAAAAAAAAUUGUCUUCUUUUCUUCGGAUUGUGGAGUUUGGACCAAUUUUUAUUGAAAAACGAAAAACUAUAAAUUAAGAUAUUGCACUUUUUCCAUAAAUGUAAAGAUUUCUCUUAAAGGGAGAAGAUAGAAUUGAAGAUGAUCUAUUUUGAAACAAACUGUUACAUUUAUGCACAAAAUGAUUUGAUUCACAAUCAAAAGAUGAUAUAACUAAAGGUGCAAUUUGUUUAUGCAGUUGAGAAAGAAUAUCUAUAAGAGAGAAACGAUAUUGUUUGAAGACAUUGUUAUGCUGACAUGCCAAUACUGACAUAUACAGUAUAUAUAUAAUAUCUUCAUUCUUUUAGUUUGUCAGCUGUAAGUAAACAGUUUGUGAAAUGUGAGACCAUUGGCCUCUGGUUUUGUUCUUGAUGCCUGUUGUGCUUGUAUUCCCACACAAGAAACAUGUUGUCACUGUAAAAAGCCACAUGUAUAUAAAUUAUGUUAUAUAAAGAUGAAUCCAAUUGA